AUGGCCGAGCAGUCUUCGUCAGAGACACCCGUUGUCGAGGAGGUGAAAUAUGGUAUCGGAGAUAGUCUUAAGACGUUCCAACAGCUCAGCUCGUCGGGAGGAGCGGCACGAAAGAAGAGGCUGGAUAAUCACAAGGCAAGAAUCAUGGGAGCUUUGGGCGACGCAAUCCAGGAGCAGUUUUCGAAAGAGGAAGGGAAGGAGAAACAAAAUCAUUCAGACAAGUAG